AUGUCAAUGAAUACACCUAGCAAUCUAACACUUCCUGCUAGGAAAGCACUAGCCCGUAAACACACGCUAGAGAUGUGGCAGAAGAAAUGGGACGAAUCGUCCAACGGACGCUGGACACAACGACUAAUACCAAACAUCGAAAAAUGGAUCUCCCGCCCGCACGGCGAAGUUAACUUCCAUUUAACCCAGAUGCUCACCGGCCACGGCUGCUUCAGAUCGUACCUGAAACGCUUCAAUCACGAAGAGCUUGACGUCGAACAUGUUUUGUUUCACUGCCCGAGAUUCGAUCUGGAUAGAAACCACAUUCGCUCUGUAUUUGGAGAACACCCCACACCUGAAAACAUGGUAGUUCACAUGAUAGAAUCCGUUGAAAAAUGGGAAGCGGUGAACAAUGCAGUCACGCACAUUUUGACCCAACUGAGAAGAGAUGAGCAGCGUCGAAAUGGACGACACAUAACUACGCCCAGAUGA